AUGCGCCUCAAAUUUCGCGCCACAAUUUUAAUUGGCGGACAAGUCGUCCCCAAGCGUUCACGGCUUCUAUGCGCACGAACGAGCGCGCAGAACAAUGAGAAGCAGUUCGCCAUUAGUUUCCCAGCACACUGGGGCGUGGGCGUCGGGGGUGUGGCGCGGGGCGUUGGUGUCCCCGUGCCACCCCCCGGCGACCUACUCGCCACGAUAUCCAUGUUCGAACAACAAAUCAAGGCCGAGCCUAUGAGCUUUUACACACAUUCACAUGUAAAUACUGGACCCCCAACAAUAAUGCGCUCGGAUUCCGGCCAUGGCAUAAUCAGUAUGAACCAGCACCAUCCCCAAGAAGACUCCAAGGACAGUCUGAUACAACAACAAGUACAACACCAACAAGAUCUGAUGGAACAACACCAACAGGACUUGCAGCACGACGAUGAUGUUGAUAAUUUAAGCUUCAAAGGCAUGGAUGAUGAAGGUGUUGAAUUGGACAUGGAUGGCAGACAAUGUUCUCAGGGCAUGGUCGAUAUGGGAUCAGUUCAAACUAAAAUGGAAGUCUCAAAUGGGGGUGGGAUGCCGAGAUCGAAACCACAGGCUUGUAAAGUGUGUGGUAAAGUGUUGUCAUCUGCAUCAUCAUAUUAUGUUCAUAUGAAACUCCAUUCUGGCAACAAACCUUUUCAAUGCACGGUAUGCGACGCAGCGUUUUGUCGCAAGCCUUAUCUCGAGGUUCACAUGCGCACGCACACCGGCGAGCGUCCCUUCCAGUGUGAUCUGUGCCUAAAACGCUUCACACAGAAAUCCAGUCUCAACACGCACAAGCGCGUUCAUACCGAGGAGCACAUCCAAUCGCUGAUCAACAAAGUGCGCCCCUAUCAAUGCGACAUCUGUGACAAGCGGUUCACUCAGAAGUCCAGCCUUGGCACUCAUAAACGUAUACACACCGUCCAGGGGAGACCGUUCCAGUGCCUGUCGUGCCCGGCCGCCUUCACCUGCAAGCAAUAUCUGGAGAUACACACGCGCACGCACACGGGCGAGCGGCCCUAUCAGUGCGACAUCUGCCUCAAGCGGUUCACGCAGAAAUCCAGUUUGAACAUCCACAAGCGGACGCACUCAGUCCAGGGCCGGCCGUUCCAGUGUCUGCAGUGCCCGGCCGCCUUCACCUGCAAGCAGUACCUCGAGAUACACAACCGCACGCACACCGGCGAGCGGCCCUACCAGUGUGACGUCUGCCUCAAGAGAUUCGCGCAAAAGUCUACACUCAAUAUACACAAAAGAACGCACACAGUGCAAGGGAGGCCGUAUCAGUGCAUGGAGUGCCCGGCGGCGUUCACAUGCAAGCCGUACUUGGAAAUACACAUGCGCACUCACACUGGCGAGCGUCCCUUCGAGUGCGAUGUCUGUUACAAACGCUUCACCCAGAAAUCAACACUCAACAUUCACAAGCGAAUUCAUACCGGCGAACGUCCAUACGCAUGUGAUAUUUGCCAAAAACGAUUCGCAGUUAAAAGCUACGUAACAGCGCACCGAUGGUCCCACGUUGCGGACAAACCUCUGAAUUGUGAGCGAUGUUCUAUGACGUUCACCUCCAAGUCCCAGUUCGCGCUCCACAUCCGGACCCACGCCAGUGGACCCUGCUACGAGUGUAGCGUGUGUGGACGAACCUUCGUCAGGGACAGCUAUCUCAUACGAUCUACGGUUCCACGUACAAAUAUACACAAACAGGGACUAGCUUUACUUAAAACGACUUUUACUCACCACAACCGCGUCCACCGUGAGAACCACAGCAACAUAUCAGCGAACAGCAUCGGCACCAUCAACAGCGUGGCUACCAACACUAACUCAAACAACGGGAACUACGACUCGCCCGGCGUGUGCGACCUCAGUUUCGUGCCGAUGGUGAAUCGCUACAUGACUUCUCAGGGGACGCAGGUUUCUAUGCAGGACACGAAAAUGUCCGCCAUGUCGCCGCAGUCGAUAGCAUCAAUAUCGUCGCCGCCGCCCCCGCACACUCCCACGCCGCAGCCGCAGAUGUCCAUGCGACUGUCUGAUUGA